CAGCCAGGAGACCGAGGUGCUGUACCAGCUGGCGCACACGCUGCCCUUCGCGCGCGGGGUCAGCGCCCACCUGGACAAGGCCUCCAUCAUGCGCCUCACCAUCAGCUACCUGCGCAUGCACCGCCUCUGCACAGCAGAAUUCUGUCGCUUGGGAGUCCCUGCUUCUUUAGAAUUCUGCCCAUCUGGAAGGUCCUGCCCAAGAAUUCUGAACCUUUGGCAAGCUUGGCCCCCUUGGAAUUCUGACUCCCCUUAUACCUUGGCCUCUUAGAAUUUUGACCCCUGGGAAUUUCAUCCCGUUAGGAUUCUGCCCUCCUCAGGGUUCUAUUAGGGGCUUCGCAGAUGGCUCAGUGGUAAAGAAUCUGCCUGCAAUGCCAGAGACUCAGGUUUGAUCCCUGGGUUUGGAAGAUCCCCUGGAGAAGGAAAUGGCAGCCCACUCCAGUAUUCCUGCCUGGGAAAUCCCAUGGACAGAGGAGUCUGGCAGACUAAAGUCCCAAAAGAGUCAUAGUACACUACUUAUUGACUAAACAACAAGAGUUCUAUCCCCCUGGGAUACCCCUGCCUUCCUAGAAUUCUGUACCCCUGGGAAGCCUUGUUCUCUUAGAAUUCCAGUUCUCCUUGGUCCUUCCCUCUUCCUUUGGACUCCAAGUCACUGGGAUGUGCACCACUCACCUGGGGGUACCUGUAAGUCCCUCUGAGUGAAGGAAAGCAGAGGGAGGCUAGCCAGGGCGGGCUCACGGCUGACUGGACACACCCCAUCCAUCCUGGCCCGGACACCAGGGGAGUGGAACCAGGUGGGAGCAGGGGGCGAACCGCUGGAUGCCUGCUACCUGAAGGCCCUGGAGGGCUUUGUUAUGGUGCUCACCGCCGAGGGAGACAUGGCUUACCUGUCAGAAAAUGUCAGCAAACACCUGGGCCUCAGUCAGCUGGAGCUGAUCGGACACAAUAUCUUUGAUUUUAUUCAUCCCUGUGACCAAGAGGAGCUUCAAGAUGCCCUGACCCCCCGGCAGAGCCUGUCCAAAAAGAAGCCGGAGGCCCCCACGGAACGGUGCUUCUCCUUGCGCAUGAAGAGCACCCUCAGCAGCCGUGGGCGCACCCUCAAUCUCAAGGCGGCCACCUGGAAGGUACUACACUGUUCUGGACACAUGAGGGUCUACAAGCCCCCGGCACAGACUUCCCCGGCUGGGAGUCCCAACUUGGAGCCCCCUCUGCAAUGCCUGGUGCUAAUCUGUGAAGCCAUCCCCCACCCUGGCAGCCUGGAGCCCCCGUUGGGCCGAGGGGCCUUCCUCAGCCGCCACAGCCUGGACAUGAAGUUCACCUACUGUGAUGAGAGGAUCGCGGAGGUUGCCGGCUACAGCCCCGACGACCUGAUUGGCUGUUCUGCCUAUGAGUACAUCCACGCGCUGGACUCGGAUGCAGUCGGCCAGAGCAUCCAUACGUUGCUGAGCAAGGGCCAGGCAGUAACGGGGCAGUACCGCUUCCUGGCCCGGAGUGGUGGCUACCUGUGGACCCAGACCCAGGCCACAGUGGUGUCAGGGGGCCGGGGUCCCCAAUCUGAGAGUAUCGUCUGCGUCCACUUCCUGAUCAGCCGAGUGGAAGAGACCGAAGUGGUGCUGUCCCUGGAGCAAACAGAGCAACACUCUCGCAGACAUGUUCAGCGGGGCAGCCCCUCUCAGAAGGAUGCUCCUAAUCCUGGGGACAGACUUGACACCUCUGGUCCCCGGAUCCUGGCUUUCCUGCACCCCCCUGCCCUGAGUGAGGCCGCCCUGGCCGCUGACCCCCGUCGGUUCUGUAGCCCUGACCUCCGUCGCCUCCUGGCACCAAUCCUGGACGGGACUUCAGUAGCUGCUACCCCCAGUGCACCCCCAGCCACGCGGCGCCCCCAGAGUCCUCUUCCGGCUGAUCUCCCAGAUGAUCUCUUUGUGGACGUGGAGAAUGCACACAAAGUCCUGGCCUCUGGGAAAGACCUGCAGACAGUGGAGACAGACCUAGAUAUCGCUCAGGACGUCGAUGCUCUGGAUUUGGAGAUGCUGGCCCCCUACAUCUCCAUGGAUGAUGACUUUCAGCUCAACUCCAGCGAGCAGCUACCCAGGGCCUACCACAGACCUCCAGGGGCUGUCCCCCGGCCCCGUGCUCGGAGCUUCCACGGCAUGUCACCCCCAACCCCUGAGACCUCCCUGCUGCCCCGCUGGGGGAGUGACCCCCGGCUGAGUUGCUCCAGCCCUUCCAGAGGGGAUCCCUCAGCAUCCUCCCCCAUGGUUGGGGCUCGGAAGAGGGCCCUGGUCCCGAGCUCAGAAGACGAGGCAGAGAAGGUGGAGCUCCUGGGCAUCAGGCCCCCCAAACGAUCCCCCAGCCUAGAACCCGAAAACUUCCUGUUGCCUCCCCUCAGCCUGAGCUUCCUUCUGACAGGAGGACCAGCCCCAGGGAGCCGGCAGGAUCCCAGCACCCACCUCCUGGAACUGAAUGAGCCCCUGGGCCCGGGCCCCUCCCUGCUCUCUCUCUACCCGGACGAGGACACGGCCCAGCCCAGGAGCCACUUUCAGCUAGCGGCAGGCUUGGCCCAGGCCAACUGAGUCAGGUGCUCUUCUCAUCUCCUUUCUCCUCCCCAAGAAAGGAUGUCAACCAUGCUCCAAGCCGGCAGCCAACGCACAGGAUGGCGGCGCCCAGAGAAGGGUUCCCUCUCCCGUCUCGGUGACCCCUGCCCGCCUCGGGCCUACCUCAGCCCCCACCCUUCCGCCCCCCACCAUUUGGGGGUGCUCUGGGGUGGUCUCAGCUCAGUGACCUCUGGGAGGGGGUCCCUGGCCCCCUCCUGCUUCACUCAGGACUUCCCUUGAGGUUCUCAAUCCUGGUUACCUCAUCCUUUUCUUCAACUCUCUUGGAUUUAUUUUCGGUAAUUGGGGGUGGGGGAGGUUGGGGUUCAGAUCUGUAUUUCUGGGCUUUGGGGUGUACUGAUAAUCAUAUUCAUGUUUCUUUCUAUCCAUCUUUCUUUCAUUCUUAUUUUUGUUGUUUUCAUGGUAUGUUUUUAAUUGCUACAAAUUGCCUGGGGUCUGUCUAUAAGAAUGUGGGACUCUGAUCUCCCCCCCCCCAUCAUAGGUGUCAAUGGGGAAUGGGGGCCUCUGGGCCAGACCUAACUGCCUAACCACAUCCUCCUCCAGGCCCCAUGACUUCUCAUUGAGCCCUUAGUCUCCCAAGCAGCCACCUAGCUCUGCCCACACCUCCACUCUGGACUUCCAGCUGGUUCUAGCCUGAUCUGGACACCAGCUCCAACGCUGGUUUUCCUAUCACAGGUGUAGCCUCCCGCCUCGGCUUCCAGACCAUAAAACCUCCAACGCUUUCUGGAGUCCUCACUCAGCUUUUGACCCUCUGUGGUUCUACUGUGCUACUCCCAGCAUCUCUGGUUCUAGACUGUACAACCUUCAACAUUCUCCGGUUCUAGACCACAAACUUCACGCCUUCUCUGGUUCUAGAUGUGUGCCCCCCCCCCCCCCAUCCAUCUCUGGUUCCAGACUGCACAAUGCCCAAUGUGGUCCGCUUUAGCUCUCCCAUCCUCCAGACCACUGGGAUUCUAGAUCUCCUAGUCUUCAGCUUUUUCUCAUUCUGGAGUUCAACUUUCCAACUCUUUCUUCUUUACAGUCACCAAAUCUGUCUGGUUCUAAGGCUCACAACUUCCAACCCCCUCUGGCCCAGGACCACCAGAAUCCUCUGCUUCUAGAACUCACUCUCUGCCUUCCUCUGGUUCUAGAGCCCUUCCCACACUUCUCCCUGGUUCCCAAUGGCACAUGCUCCCACUCCUGCUGAUUCCAGCUGUUAAGACCAACGAUUUCCUCUGAUGUUGUACCUCACAACCCCAAGCUCUCAGUUGGUGCUACUCUUCCUGAUCUUUGAUGCAUUUCUUUCCAAAUCCAGACUCUGUAACGUCUAGAUCAUUUUGAUUCAUGAUGCCCAGCUUGUUCCUUUUCAACUCUAGACUUGAGACUUGCUUUUCCCAUCAAAAGGAAGAUAUGAGUUUUAUGUCUUGAGCUUGUAAUUAGUACUUUCUGAACUAGACACCACAUUCCAGUUCUCCUUCACUCUAGUCCUCAUGAUCUCUACCAUGAGGUAGAGAUUUACUGGUUCUGGACUAUAUAUAAACCUCUAUGUCUUGCAAUUUACAAGACUCUGAUUCCAGAUCUGAUUUUCUCUCUCUUCUCUGGUCCUAGAAACUGGCUUUAAAUGUCUUCUGAUUUCAGACCUCAUCCUAGAAAUUCCCUUGGUUCUAGACCUUACAAUCUCCAAUUCCCUCUUAUUCCACAUUUUAUGACUCCAAAUUACCCUGCACCUGGGACUCAGCCUUCAAACAUCUUCUGAUUAUAGACCUUGCUUUAUCAACAUUUCUGGUUCUAGACCUUACAGCUCUAAGCUUUGGGUUCUAGGGUUAAGCUUGCCCAAAUCCCUCUAGUUCUAGACCUUGGUCUUCAGAUUUUUUCAAAUUCUAGUCUUUAUUCUUUAUCUCUAGUUCUAGAUCUCACAGCCUCCCAACUGCCUCUGAUUUCAGAUCCACAUUCUUGUGGUUCUAGAACUCAGCUGAUUUUAGAAUCUGGACCUUGCCCUGUAGAUUCCUCUGGUUCCAAAUCUUAAGACCUCUAACUCUUUGAUUUCAGACCGCACCCUCCUAAUUCUAUUCUGGGCUUCCCACCCAACUCAACUAGCUCCAAUUACUACUCUCUGUCUUAAGUCUUCCCAUUCCAGAUCCUGACCCCCCAGGUCCUUGGGCUAAUGGACCUCUCUGUUCUCAGUCUCAUAUCCCUAAAAAUUCUCUGUCCCAGACCCCCCUCCACUUCCCACCUCAGUCCUCCAGACAUAUACUUACCUUUACUUAACUCCAAGUAUCUGGGGAACCCAGGGCUCCCUCACAAUCCAGGAGACUUCCCCAGCCGCACAGGCACACGCACAGCCCAAUCUACAUAUCGCGGGGUGGGGAGGAGGCCUGGACUUCUCAGUACUCUGCCACCCAGUGUCCCUGCCCCUCUCCAAAUUUCUUUCUACGAUGGUGCUCUUCUUGGUCUCCCACAGGAGAAAGCCUCACUCUCUCCACCCAAUUCACUCCCCUUUUUGGAAGGUACUUCUCAUCAUUUCAUCAAGAGAUGGCCUGUCCAGAUCGGUGCUAUGUUGGGGGGAGAAGGAUCUGACCCCUCUCUCCCUCAGGGGGUGACCUAGGCUGGGCUGGGGCGGGGGGAGGGGACCAGACCAGCCACGCUGGCUCUGAAACCCAUUAAUCUCUAAACCUCCAUAAAGAUCUCGCCUUGGUAGGCACCAGA